AUGCACUGCUCCUCGUUCCACCUCUGCGAUGCUUUCACGCCUCUGGAAAUCACAGCCGCGCAGAUUCUAAUGUUUGUGUCGUUAGCCAGCGGAAUCCUAGGCUUUGCUGCUCUUCUCUACGCAUUACGGAACGCCUUUUUCGGGAUAAAAAAGCGCACUAGGUUUGCUUUCCGCUCAGGAGGCGUGCUCACUCUGCUGGCGGCCAUCUUGUCGCUGAUUCCGCUUCUGUGGAACGCCGUGGUCGUGUUGCACGGCGGUUCCAUCAACUUCCCGCCAGACUUCAAACUCCCGCCAACGCCCGAGGAGCAGCAGGUGGGUGUGGGGCCGUGUGGGUAG